GGCAACACUGAGCAACUAUGAUGAAGGCUCACAACAAAAAUCGCAAACACCCGACCUGUUCCCGGUGCAGGUUUCACGGCAAAAAAGAUAUACGAGUGUUGCAACAUCAAUGUCCAUUUAGAAAUUGUACAUGUUCAAGUUGCUUCCUUAUCAAGAGACGUUCAAUCAUAUAUAGGACACAAAAGAAUUUGGAUAAAAGUGAAGACAACUCUAAUGGUACGGAAUCUCCCGGCGCUGCUUCUGCAGAUGGUUUAAUCACUUCAAAUAAUUUGAAUGAUACUAAUGGUAAAAAUGAUGCCAAUUGUUUAAUGAAUAAAACAUCAGAUAGUUCUUAUGAUACUAUCAAUUAUGGGAUGUCUUGUGUUUCAUCAGAUGGUUGUUCUAUUGGUUCUCUUGAUUCAAAAGCUGAUAUAUGGAAUACUAUGGAUCAGAUGACACAACAUUGUGGUACAAUGGGUCACCAAAACAAUGGAUUGGUGUCUAUGAAAAGCUCAGAUCAUUACAAGAUUAGCGAUUUUCAAAGUCUUUCUCAAACAUUUCCAGAACUUUCAUCAUUACAAUUACAGUCUAUUUUCGAACAGUGCGGUAAUGACUUCCAGAAGACUAUCGAUAGGAUUCUUAUGUUUAAGUGGUUUAAUGAUAUCGAUUCCAAACCUAACCAUCCAAUGCAUAAUAACAAUGACUGGUCUAAUAGCACAUCCAGUUCAAGUAGUGCAUCGGUAGACUAUGCAUCAAAUAUGACAUCUUAUUGUAGACCAAAUCACACCAAUGAUGACACCAUAACCACUGAUUAUUAUAAUUCAACAAAUGGUCAGCACUGUUAUGAAUGGCAUUCAAAUUGUAACAAUGGUGUCAUCAACGAUCACUUCUCUAAUAGUGAUUAUGGCAAUGAUUAUUGUGACGAUAAGUCAUAUGUGUCUUGUGCUGUGAUGUCAACACAGGGUAAUAACCAGUCACUCAACGCCAGUGCCAGUGCCAGUGCCAGUGCCAGUGCCAGUGCCAGUGCCAGUGCCAGUGCCAGUGCCAGUGCCAGUGCCAGUGCCAGUGCCAGUGCCAGUGCCAGUGCCAGUGCCAACUGUGCCAAUUGGAAUAAUUAUGAUUAUACCGGUUAUGGGUAUAACAAUACACAACAGGGUACUAAUUGUAAUAGUCAUUCAUAUGAAAUAAAUACAAGUUGUCAUACAUUAGAGAAUACGGGUUGGACUAAUGGACAGUCGGGUCCACUGGCCUUAGGACAAGCAGUGCAUGAAUUUAAUAUUUGA